AUGAAUCGUCGAGGUGAAAAUCAAUUACAAAAUCUGGAAGUUCGGUUCAAUAAAAUCGAUCGGAACAAGGAUGGAAUAAUAACCCGAGAAGAAUUUGCUGAAGAACUCCGGGAAAAUGGACUUCCUAUUCACUUGGCAGAUAGUUUUGUCGCUAAAUAUGAUGCGAACGGAGACGGAAUUGUAUCGAAACAGGAAUAUCUAAACGCGUUCUCAAAGUUUGAUGUGAUUAAGUAUCUUGACCUUAUCACCGAGGAAGCAGGGGUCGUUGGCAUUCAUAACUAUCCCAUUGUGUGCAUUAAACCAGAAUGUGAAGUGAAUGUAUCUGCCAUGGCAACUACUCUACUUGGAUUAGCCGAUUAUCACUGUAUUUAA